AUGAAGGAGCUGGCGGCUGGGAGGUGUUUGCAUCAUCAUCAUCAUCAGCAGCAGCAUCAGCAGCAGACAGCUCAGGGUUACCCCCAGGCCGCCGCCGCCGCCGCCGCCACUGCUGCACUCUCCCUGCUGGACACCGACCCCAGAGGCUGGCUGGCACCCAGCUCGCAAAGCACCUGCUCGGCUCGCGCCGACUACCUGUCGCCCGGCCCCCCGGGGGAGCUGCUGCUGCUGGGGGGCGAGGCGGGGGGCGGGCGAUGCAGCGGCCGGGGCCAGAGCCCCGCCAAGGUGCGGGAGCUGCGCAAGCUGGAGGGCACGGGGCUGGAGGAGCUGGGCCGCCGGCCGCGGGCCCCGCCGAGCCGGCACGUCAGCGGCGUGCAGAAGCAGCGGAGGCUGGCCGCCAACGCCAGGGAGAGGAGGAGGAUGCACGGCCUGAACCACGCCUUCGACCAGCUCCGCAAUGUCAUCCCCUCCUUCAACAACGACAAGAAGCUGUCCAAGUACGAGACCCUGCAGAUGGCCCAGAUCUACAUCAACGCGCUGGCCGAGCUGCUGCAGGGGGGCGGCGAGGGCGCCCCCCCCGCCCCGGGCGGCCGGCGCUACCCCAACCCGGGCUACCCGCUGCCGGUCAACCCCCCGCUGCCCUUCCCCUUCAAGGAAGGGGGCUCCGCGGGCAGGUCCCAGGAGGGGCUGGCCGCCUCCCCCUUGCAGGAGGGCAGCAAGUCAUCCCCCCGCUCCCACCGGAGCGACGGGGAGUUCUCCCCUCACUCCCACUACAGCGACUCCGAAGACGCACCCCUGGACCUGCAGAGCGAGGAAGAUGAACUCUCCGAAGCCCGGAAUUACCCGUGA